AUGCGGCGGUUCCCACUGCCGCGCCUGAGGAAACGCUUGCAGCUAGAAAAGCUCGAACACUUGCUCCUCUACAAGAUUUGGAUAGCUAUGAUCCGAACAAUGUCUACAACCAACCUGGAAACGAGCAAUACGUUAAUGGCAAUUAUCCUUAUGGCUAUUAUCCUGCUUAUCCAUAUCAAGACAGUGCAUACUUUGCUGCAAAUCCAAAUGAACAAUCUGGCAAAGCAGAAACUAGAAGAGAGUUAG